AAGUGGGAAACUGCCGUGUUCAGCUGCUGUCAUGGAGGUUAGCCUCUCUUGUCGCCUCUCCAUCUAGACACACUAUCAGCUUUCUUCUUCUUUCUUUUUCCUUUUCUGCUGUCGCUAUGUAUCAACGUCUCCCCGCCGUUUGUGGUUCCGAAACAUACAACGCCUUGUAACCAUUGGGAUGGACGCGUUUCAAUUUUCGAGUUGCUCUACAACAUGACCCUUCGGCGAUUGCGGCUAUCAAUACCCAGAAGCCCAACACACGCAUUUAUUGGCGUCAGCGGCUUGACUGUGUGGCGAAACGACAAUGCAACUGCUAUUUAAUCAAGAAUCAUGGAUCUGGUACACAUGCGCUGUAUGCAUGGUUGGCGCAAGGCUGGUUUCCCGGAAGAUGCUCUUUCGAUCAGUCAAAGGUCUACAAUACGAUGACUGGAUCAUGGGCCUUUUUGUCACAACAUCGUACACGGUCAUGAUUGUACUUUCAAACCGGUGGCUCAAAGUCGGAUCGAAUCUUGAGCCAGUAGGUUUCGAUUUCAAUGCACUCACCGCCGACGAAUUAUUCAAGAGAAUCCAUGGGAGUAAGCUUGUGGUUGUUGUCGAACAAUUGCACAUUGCUGUCCUAUGGUCCUGCAAGGCAUGUCUGCUAGUUAUGUACCACCGCAUUACACGGACCGCAAAGCACAACGAAAACAUCGCCAUAAAAGUUCUCGCGGUCUACACAGCACUCGGGUUCGUCAUUAUAGAGGUUCUCUACUUCGCAGCCUGGUGUAGACCCUUCCGACAGUACUACGCAGUGCCCACCAAUUCCUCGCAAUGCAACACACUGGUCCACCACCGAAUCGUCAAAGCCGUCUUCAACAUAUCCUCGGAUCUAAUCAUGCUUUGCAUCGCCUUACAGAUGCUGAUCCGUUCGUUACUUCCGAUAAAGAGGAAACUCAUCCUGUGUGGCAUCUUCUCUCUCGGAAUCUUCGUGGUUGCGGCGAGCAUCAUGAACAGUUAUUACUCUUUCAGCAACCCGUACAAGUCGACAUGGAUAUACUGGUAUGUUCGAGAAUCUUCGACUGCCAUCCUUGUCGCAAAUCUACCUUUUACCUGGACAAUAUUGCGCGAAAUCUUUGAGCUGGGACAAUUCGAUGAGACCAACCCACCUCCAUGGACUUAUCAUUCAUCCCGGACAGCGGGUGGCCGCAGGACGGCGCAAUUACUUAAUAAUCAAGGUACCACCGGCGUACGGACAGGUACCAGGCGCUCACCUAAUGUCAGUACGGGAAGCAACAGUACGGGCGCUCACAGCAUGACCCUGGUGGGCUCACAUGCUACAAAAGAACACUGCAAGUCACCAGUCGACAGUGGCCGGUUUGAGGAUGCCGAUAAGGACUUCCUCGCGAGAGGUGUUCAUGCUCAAGACUUUGCUCCUGCUGUACUACGGACUGACAUGGUUAACAUUGACCUCGAAACUGGCUCUAUUCGAGAAGGGGAAUCCCAACCAAUCUCCCCCGAGUACGCCUUUCAACGGACCAAACCCUCUUCAACGCCACCCAGGGUCACCCAGGAUGGUACAGGCGGAUUCUACGUUAAUGAUCGCCCAAUAUCACCACCUCCCCGCGUGCACUUCACUGCCGCGUCGAACCGAUCUCGCGAUGGCAGUGUAGGAAGUUCGAAUAGAAGACCUAUGAGCCCAGCAUCUAGCUACGUCAGUAGUACGUUGAAUAGCCGAUGUGCAAGUCCUUCAACUCAGAGAAGAGCAGCGGCGCAUGGCGCGGGCGGAGGCAGGAGCGCCAAAGAUCGAAGGAAGAGGACAAAGAUGAGUGAACAUUGAGAUGUUCAGAGGCGUAAUGAUUAUGAUGCUCAAGAUACCCCUAGUAAAUAGUUCAUACUUAAUGUCGUAGCUUCCUAAGCCGUAAUGUCAAAUUCCAUAUUAU